AUGUCCAACAAGACAAGUGACCAAUCAACGCGCACAACCUCCAUCCUUAAAACUGAUAUCAUCAGAAAUAACAUUAUAAUCAACGACAGCAACGACAAAAUUAACAACGACAAAAACAACAAAAGCAACAAAAACAAUAACAGUAAUAAUUACAAUGCAUUGGCGAAAAGAGGAGCGGAUGCUAAUAAGGAAAAUAUACCUGAUUUAAAAGAGGGGAUUACAACUUUCCGGAUCUUCAAGAACAAAAAUAUUUCAAAUAUGAAGUCCUCACAUACUAAUAGCAACUUUAUAAAAAAGACAAUGUUCAAAAGGGACCUAUUGAAGCAGGACCCAAAGAGGAAACUUCAACUACAACAAAGAUUUGCGUCGCCCACUGACAGAUUGGUAUCGCCAUGUUCACUCAAGUUAAAUGAGCACAAAAUCAAGAUGUUUGGAAAGAAAAAAAAGGUCAAUCCCAUGAAACUUAACUUCAAAGGUCACCUCGCGGUCGAUUCAGAAGACGUAGAAAUUGAUGAGGACGAGGAGUUUUUCUAUUAA